CUAGCUCACAAAUGUGCUGUGCGCAAUUAAUGAGUCAAUUACCAUGCAAACUUCUUUUGCUAACUGCAGCACUCUUGGCAUUCGUCGACUGCACGGGCGGUUAUGUUAGCGCUGUUUCGCUUAAUGGUUUAGAUAAUAAUGCCAAUUCAUUCAACAUCGAGAACGAGCCAAUUGCCUGUGAAUAUCCAGCCCUCACUCUAAGCGUUCGUGACGAUGUACAAACAUUGGACCCCUUACAUGACCCUAUUCUAGUCAGACGGCAAGCGACCCCUCCCAGACAGAUAGGCCGCAUAUUGGAUGCGGGGAUGGUCCUAUUUACCGGUGAGUCCCUGGUCAGUGACUGUGGGUAUAGGGCCGAGCUGGGACUGGAUGGCUUGCGGUUGGUGAUGGAUACUGAAGCUGGAGCUGUAGUUUACUGGUCGCUGGUUUCCGGCCACCAUGCAGCACUUGCCUUCCUCCAGCUGGACGAAGCAGGCGAAUUGCGAUUCUACACAGAGCAAGGUCAAGCCCUAUGGAACAGCAAUACCGUAUUGGGUAAAGGUAGCACUAGUCCCUACUCACUCAAACUCAUGAAUGACGGUAACUUAGUUGUGGUCGAUGCGAAGCAGCGCAUCCGAUGGGAAACCAACACUGUGCAAAAGAGCUGCAAAAGCUCAGAGCUGUGGACAGACUUUGUGAGCGCCAAACAAAAUGGCGAACAGCCUGUGCUGUUUGAUUAUUCCUAUGCGGGUUACAGGAAUUCCGAAGUAGGUCUACCGGACGUAUCUCUGCUUCAGCUGGAGCUGCCGAUCUUUGUGGUCACCAAUUAUGGCUGCGGGUCUAUGUCUGGGUAUUGCGACGCGGCGUUUCAGACCGCCAUUGACCUGGCUGUGAGCGCUGGCGGCGGUAUUAUAUACUUCCCCGAGGGUACCUUCUAUCUGGGUGAGCAGUUCAAAGACGUCAGCCAAGACGAGGAGCGGUUUAUGGUAACCGGGGGCAGGAUAGUGAUCAAGGGAGCCGGGCCCGACAAAACAACUCUGCACUGGGUGGGUGUGGACGGUCGCGCGGACUUUUGGAACCUGAGGUUCAAAGGAGAGGGCCGGACCGGUAAUAAAGCCAUUGUAGUACCGUACGCGUUCACGGCUGCCAGUAGCACGUACGUGCAGGUGGACUCGGUGCAGAAGUUCGAGGCGGGCGACUGUGUGGUCAUUGCACAGGACGGCGAUGCGUCCACGGCGGAGUUCUGGUACAACGGUGAGCCGUUUGACGAUGAUUGGAACGCGCCUUAUGUGCGUAUCCUUUCGUGCAUUGAGAAGAUAGUGGAGCAGGACGGCGCUAUAUUCCUAGUGCUGCAGGAGCCGCUGCCCUUUGAGCUACAGACGGUCCAGGGCGGACCGACCAUCACGGUGCAAAAAACCAGGUUUAUCGAGGAGGUGGGUGUGGAGGCGCUCUCCAUGACGAGUGAGUGGAAGACCUACCCGGAAGAGUUCCAGCACAAAAGUGGGGGGAUCACGGAGAACGGGUGGAAUAUCGUAGCCUUUGAGUUUGUGCGGAAUGCCUGGGUGCGGGACGUGUACUUCGACUCGGUGUCUGGGGCCGUCAUGACCGAAACCUGCAUGGCUGUGACGAUCAAGAACAACUGGGUCAAAGGGAAGAAAGGCCACUACGGGUUUCUGUCUCGCCGGUCUCGAGGCGUGCUGUUCAACGAAAACAAGUCCACCCAACACCACGGAACGUCCUUGCAGUCGUCCGAUAUCAACUCUGUGAUCCUGAAGGAUAUCAUGGAUGUGGGGCAGAGCAUUGACUUUCACGGCAAGUUUGCGUCGCGCACGCUAAUGGACCAGGUAGAGGGGGGUAUACUGAGCGGCAAUGGUGGGCACGACUCUAACCUACCUCACCACGCCAAAGGACUAACGCUAUGGAACUUCCAGCACCGAGGCAGCACAGAGAAGGAGAAGACUUCGUUCUACGACUUCUGGCCGCAGUUAGAUCUGCGGAGCUCCAUGGUAGAAGGGCGUACAGACCCCACAUACCAGACUACCAACCUUAUCUUCGAGGCUGUUAUUGCUGGUUUGCAAGGUGACGAAGGUGUGACGGUGGAUAAGAGGGAUCUGAAGUUGUAUGAGAGUCUGGGGGCGGCGGUGGAGCCCGCGAGUUUGUUUGAGGCACAGCUGGCGUUCAGGCUGUCGGGGUAUACUAAGGACCCACUCGAACGUUAGACUGUAUAUACAUACACACACACACACACACACACACAUAUAUAUAUAUAUAUAUACAUAUAUAUAUAUAUACAUAUAUAUCUAUAUCUAUAUAUUUA